GGAGGAGCCGAGAGGAACCAACGUCUAGUUUUUUGUCUUCCAUGGUGGAAAAAGGUUUCAGUGCCAGAAACGCCCCUCCUUGUCCUUUUGGGAGCCUGCCCUUUUAUCCUCCCCUCUCCCCACCGUCUCUCCUUCUCUCUCACAGGCAUUGGUGGUACUAAAAGCCAUCACAGACGUAAUACGUGUGAAUGUGCAUUUGAGUGAGAGUCUCUAGAUCUGGUUCUUGGGGGGCUUGGAGGAACAGGGAAUGGUUUUUGGGAAGAUGGGUGGCUUCUGAUUGAUGGGUUGUGCCCUUUCUUUAUUCCUAUAGGGUGGUCAGUGGUGGUCUUGUCUCUUCUUUUUCUCUUUCUUUAUUUUUUUUUUCUGCAUCUGUUUCUUGUUGAGUUGAGUUCUGCUUCCUCUUCUCUUCUUCUUUGUUAUCGAGUUUUUUUAGAUUUUUUUUUUUUUUUUUUGUUUUGAACUUGGGUUUGCAUGGUGCGGAAAUUUGUGUUUGUUUGGUGAAGCCCUUUGUUUAGGUUGGGAGUUUUGAGGUGCGAGUUUUUGGUAAUUGGAUGUUUUCUAUCUUGUUGUGAUGGCUCUGCUGCCUUUGUUUUUUAAUGUGUAUGUGGGGUGGUUGUUGGGUUCCUUUCUGGUUUGAUAGUUCUGAUUGUGGCAUGGAUGUGGGUUUUGGGUGAUCCUUUUUGGGGUUUGAGGAAGCCAUUCAAGUCUUACUUCAUUUGUUGGUUUUCUCUUGGAGGAAAGAAAGAUUGAUGGGAAGAAAUGAGGACGAUUCGGGGUGCUAUUUUUUAACGUCAUGUGAUUUCAAAAUUUCAUCGUUCAGUCAAUUAUUCUUUUUCUCUUUUUCCUUUUCCGAAUCUGGGGGCUUGCGAUAAUUGGGCGGUUAAGGGGAGCACAUAUAACGAAUUCUGAGUUUUCACUUCACCAUUUGCUAAGAAAUUUGGGGAUCCGGGGUGUUGAGAUUUCCGAUGGGUUUCGGCCGAUCGUGAUAAAUGGUGUUUCUCAAAGGCGAUGAGAUGAAGGCUGAGAAACUCAAGAAUGCAAUGCUGUCUCGUUCGAGGUUUCAGAUUUGGAUGAUUAGAGCCACCACCACCGUCCUGCUGUGGACUUGUGUGGUUCAACUGACAGCAUUGGGCGACAUUUGGGGCCCUAGAUUGCUCAAGGGGUGGCCUUCUUGCUUCACUCAAUCACAGGCAGACCAUUCUCUGCACAUCGAGAGCCGAAAAGUCGUUCUUCCUCCUAAAAGAUAUUACAAGAACAACGGCUACCUGAUGGUUUCGUGCAAUGGCGGUCUUAAUCAGAUGCGCUCUGCGAUAUGUGAUAUGGUUGCUGUUGCAAGAUACAUGAACGUAACGCUGAUUGUGCCAGAGCUGGACAAAACCUCAUUUUGGGCAGACCCAAGUGAAUUCGAAGAUAUAUUUGAUGUGGAUCAUUUUAUAUCAUCCUUGCGAGAUGAAGUUCGAAUUCUGAAGGAGCUCCCCCCAAGAUUAAAGAGAGUAUCUGAGCAAGGAACUCUUUUCUCCAUGCCUCCUGUUAGUUGGUCUGACAUUUCUUACUAUCUUAAUCAGAUAUUGCCGUUGGUAAAGAAGCACAAGGUUGUGCAUUUGAACAGGACAGAUGCUCGAUUAGCUAACAAUGGCCUGCCUCUGGAUAUUCAAAAGCUGCGAUGUCGAGUAAACUACCAUGCAUUGCGGUUCACUUCUCAAAUUGAAGAAUUGGGCAGAAGAGUGAUCAAUCAAUUACGUCAAAAUGGGCCAUUUUUGGUUCUCCAUCUUCGCUAUGAGAUGGACAUGUUAGCUUUCUCUGGCUGCACUCAUGGUUGCACGAAGCAAGAAGUGGAUGAACUGACAGAAAUGCGGUAUGCAUAUCCUUGGUGGAAAGAGAAAGUUAUUGAUUCUGUACAGAAAAGAAAAGACGGCCUUUGCCCUUUGACUCCAGAAGAAACUGCUCUUAUACUACAGGCACUUGAUUUUGAUAAAAAUAUUCAAAUAUAUAUAGCUGCAGGAGCAAUAUAUGGUGGUGACCGCAGGAUGUCUAGUCUUUCCUCUGCAUUUCCUAAUAUUGUCAGAAAGGAAAUAUUGUUAGGAUCUUCAGAUCUUAAGCCUUUUCGAAACCACUCCUCCCAAAUGGCUGCACUGGAUUAUAUGGUUUCAUUAGAAAGUGAUGUAUUCAUUCCUACUUAUGAUGGCAAUAUGGCAAAAGUUGUUGAAGGCCACAGAAGAUUCUUGGGAUUCAAGAAAACGGUCCUGCUGGACAGAAAACUCUUGGUUGAUCUUAUUGAUCAGUACACAAGUGGAUCUUUGUCAUGGGAUCACUUCUCCUUGGCAGUUAAACAAGCUCAUCAAAAUCGAAAUGGAUCCCGACAGACUAGGCUGGUAAUUCCAGAUAGACCCAAAGAAGAGGAUUAUUUUUAUGCCAACCCGCAAGAAUGUCUCCCUCCAUUUGAUGAUGACAAUGAAGAUGAUGCAUUAAGGAUCGACAUGUAAUUGAUUGAUUCAAAUUUUGGGUAUUUCUUGAAUAAGCAAUAUUUUGGUUGCUUCAUUGAGCGCCAAGAGAGGAUCUGCAACAUCUUGAAGAGUAAAUAAGCAGUAAGCUGCUGAUUGGAGAAAUGAGGCCUCUGUAAUGAAGAGAAGCUGAAGGUGCAUGGUUGAUAUUUAAGGUUUUACAGUUAGUUACUCCUCUGCAAUGUGUGCAGUUGGUUCUCGUGUCAAUGUGACCGAGUGAAUGCUCUGGAAAUGUUUGUUCAGUUGUUCCUCUGAGGCUAUAUCUGCAUUCUACCCAUGUAGCAGAUGUUUUGGGCUCAAUAUAAAGGAUUGCAAAAGGGAGAGUUUGGAAACCAUUUUCUCACGCUUCUUUCUCUUUCCAUCUUUUGUAAUAUAUCCUUGUUACAUAAUUUUAUCUUACACCUUCCUGUUCUUUUA